UCCCUCAGGUUAAAGAGGAGGACAAAACUCUGCCGAAGCCUGGUCCUCCUGCCAAGGAGGAAGGGGCUCUAGAGGGCAGCUCAAAGGGCAGCAGUGGCCCAUCUAAGAGUCCUCAGCCUUCCACCAGCCCUGUACCCUCAAAGGCUCCCCAGAGAGCCAAGAGCCCUGCAUCCACACUCGCCAUGAACGGCCCGAGGACUGCCUCAGCGGAAGGCCCCAGUGAGGAGGCCCAGGGCCUGUCCCGGAAGAGGGUGGCGAAUGCAGUGAGGAAGGUGGUGAGCAAGGUGCUGCCUGGCGAGGAGCCUGGGAGCGCCAAGGAACCUGCGGGCAGAGGGGUCAGAUCUCCUGAGCACCCAGCUCGAGGCAGGAAGGGAGAAAAGACAGCCACUCCUACUCCCCCUGCUCGGCCUAAGUCCGAAGCAGAGAAGGAGGCCGCCAAGGAUGAGCUCUCCAUGGGCCUGCGGAGCCUGAUGUCUCGGGGCAGGGGCAAGGACCACAGGCCACGUAGCAGGCAGUCUCCCGGGAAGGGGGAGAAGCCCUCCAGCCAGGAGCCAGGCUCCUCGGGGAAACCAGCCUCCCCAGAGACAGUGGACGCCUCAGAGAAGCUAGGCUCCCCAGCCCAGUCGGAAGAGCUGGCGGCCCCAGGCUCCGCCGACCCGAACCUCAAGUCGAACCUCACUGGAUUGCAACAGAACAAGUCACCAGCCCCUGACGUGCAGCAGGAGGUACCUGAGUGUGUCACUAACCUCUGACCCUCCCUUGCCACCCUCACCUGAGGACUGGCAGCCAGCUUUCCCAAGGCUCUUCCACAGGCCCUGCAUGAUGGCGAAGCUGGGCCCGGGCCACGUGCCGAUGGCAGGGCUGCAUGGCUUUCCUUCACCGAAUGCCAGAACCCAGGGGACCCGUUAACUGCAUGCUGCUGCUCUUCCACACUUGCGAGGGAGUUGGGGCCUGGCCCCCAGCUACAUGGCAUCAGCUUGAGGCCCCAGAUCCCAAGUUGAGGAUCAGAGUCUUAGCAGAUCAGUGAGAGGGUAGAAAGACAGAAUUUCUGGGGUCAGGUGGCCUGUGCUCACAUCCCAUCCCCAACCACUCACUCCUGUGGGACCUCAGCAUCUCUGAGCCCUCAUCUGUCGAGUAGGGAUCACAUAGGUCUACCAUCCCUCCUCUGAAGCCCCUGGACCAGAAGUAUUUUGGAAAUUAGCGAUUUUUUAUAUUUGAGACUGUCAUGCAAUGUACAUAAUGAGCAGCAACUCGUGACCAAACACAUUAAUAUUCCCACAGGAAAAUUAUGACUGUUCAUGCUGCA